UUCGAAUAUAGAUGAGCCACAUGUCUGAAUACAGGAGUAAUCAUUCCUAUAAUAUAUAUUAGCUUGGUUUAUUGACGAAUCCAAAUCUCAUGCCCACGAGAAUUUUCUGCCCACGUUUGCCCGCAUAACAUUACUAUUACACAUGUUCCUAAUUCUCGGGGUAAUAUAUUGUUAGUAGACGUGAGAGUUCUUGUGGGCUGGAGAUCCUUCGACCUCAUUGACACCCUCCCUCCCUGUUUAGUAGAGAUAAAGCCCACAAUUUGUGGGACCGUCGAGGCAUCAGCAGCAUCCACGUCCACGUCUUCCAGAGUCUACUUAUUCAAGGUUCCAGAUUAAGUGGCGCACUGUACCCUUCCGCGUACUCUAUCGAAAGUGAUUCUUCGUUUCAACAGUCCAUGAUAACCACAAGUUUCCAUCGCAACACACAGAGGAUGAAGAGGCAGAACAGCCAAUCACAUCUCAAAUCUAAAGAUAAUCCUUUCUUUUUCUCUUUCUCUCCUCUCUGAAAAUCUCGAUUCUCAACCUCCUUCUUGGGACGUCCGAAUUGUAGAAGAAGACAUAGACAUGCUUCUACAGGGCAUCACCUCGACGACGCCUCUGCGCUCGUCCAUUCGGCUGAGGUCCCCGAACUACACCCACAAAAACCUCAUAAUUUCCGCCCAAAUCCCCACGAAGAAAUUCUCCAUCUCCGACCAAGAGCUGGAAUCUCGAGGCUUCAACUUCCGCCGCUCCAUCUCCGACCUCAACCUCGACCACCUCAACUCCAUAUUCGUGGCCGUCGGGUUCCCGCGCCGGGACCCUGAGAAGAUCCGAGUGGCCUUAGAGAACACGAACUCGCUGCUCUGGAUCGAGUACUCCAAGACGAAAAGACCAGUGGCGUUCGCCCGAGCCACCGGUGAUGGAGUGUUCAACGCCAUCAUAUGGGACGUGGUGGUGGACCCUUCGUUUCAAGGGAUCGGAUUGGGGAAAGCCGUGAUGGAGAGGCUGCUGGAGGAGCUACUGCAGAAAGGCAUCACUAACAUAGCGCUGUAUUCGGAGCCUAGGGUCUUGGGUUUUUACAGGCCCUUGGGUUUUGCUGCGGAUCCCGAUGGGAUUCGAGGCAUGGUGUACUCCAGAAAACAGAAGAAGCGAAACUAGUUAACUGAUUGACAUUUCAAGUUUUCUAUUCAAACAUACUUUGCAGAAGCAUUUGGAACUGGUUAAUUUUCAUCCAAUGCCCAAGCACUGAUUUUUAUAGCAGAGCUGAGAUUGUCGAUAAGGAAUUUAGGGUUUAUUACUCUUC